UUGCAGGUAGAGAGUGCUCUGCCGCUGGGAGCAGGCGCCAUCCGGACUAUGAGGUCGCGGAUGUUUCUAUAAUCUCUACGUGAAUUCUCCAUGUAUUUAAAGUCGGACAUGAAAGAUCUGGCAACAAAGCUGAAUGUUCCCUGCAGCCGCUGUAUUUCAAUCGCGACCGUCAUCGCCACACUUCUACUCUUUCUGAGAACGUCAGGACGGCGGUCCGCUCCUUCGGGUGUGGUGGUUAGCUCGCGGGGCCCGAGCCGGCGCGUCCUGAGCACGCCCAAACCGGCCCUGCCCCGCGACCCCUGCUGCAUACACUGUUAGCAGGCUCUGUGUGGGCGUAGAAGGGUGUAGAGCACACACAUCGGCCACUAGACAAUGUCCGUGGCUUCCGAUUCCAUCUCGGAGGAAGAACGCAGCUUGUUCCAGCCAUUCACUCGCGAAUCGCUCGCGGCCAUCGAAGCACGUAUCGCAGACGAACUAGCCAAACAGAAAGAACUCGAGAAGAAACGCGCCGAAGGAGAGACCGGUUUCGGGAGGAAGAAAAAGAAAAAAGAAGUUCGGUACGAUGACGAGGACGAGGACGAGGGCCCGCAGCCGGACCCGACGCUCGAACAGGGCGUGCCGAUACCGGUGCGGCUGCAAGGCGGUUUCCCACCUGAGCUCGCCUCUACGCCGCUCGAGGACAUCGACAGCUACUAUCACAACCAGCGGACCUUCGUAGUGGUGAGCAAGGGCAAGGAUAUUUUUCGUUUCUCGGCAACGGACGCGUUAUGGAUACUGGACCCGUUCAACCCUAUACGCCGAGUCGCCAUUUAUAUUUUAGUGCAUCCCUUAUUUUCGCUUUUCAUCAUCACAACGAUCUUAGUCAACUGUAUUCUCAUGAUCAUGCCUUCCUCACCGACCGUCGAAUCCACAGAAGUCAUCUUCACGGCAAUCUACACGUUCGAAUCGGCUGUAAAAGUAAUGGCCCGAGGUUUCAUCUUGCAGCCUUUUACAUAUUUAAGAGACGCAUGGAACUGGCUAGACUUCGUAGUAAUAACAUUAGCUUAUGUAACGAUGGGUAUCGACUUGGGAAAUUUGGCUGCUCUCCGCACAUUUCGAGUGCUGCGAGCUUUAAAAACUGUCGCCAUCGUCCCAGGUUUGAAGACCAUCGUCGGAGCCGUCAUAGAGUCUGUGAAGAAUCUUCGGGAUGUGAUAAUUCUGACGAUGUUCUCAUUAUCUGUGUUCGCACUCAUGGGCUUACAAAUCUACAUGGGCGUCCUCACGCAAAAAUGCAUCAAAAAUUUUCCGGAGGACGGUUCAUGGGGAAACCUCACUGACGAAAACUGGGAGAGAUUCAUGAGCAAUGAAACGAAUUGGUAUGUUACGGAGAGCGGAGACAUGCCCUUAUGUGGAAAUUCGUCAGGUGCUGGUGAGUGCGCUCCGGGCUACAGGUGCCUUCAAGGAUUCGGCGGUAAUCCAAACUACGGGUACACGAGUUUUGAUACUUUCGGUUGGGCUUUUUUGUCGGCGUUCAGAUUGAUGACACAAGAUUACUGGGAAAAUUUAUAUCAAUUGGUAUUGCGAUCGGCUGGACCAUGGCAUAUGUUGUUCUUUAUAGUUAUUAUUUUUUUGGGAUCGUUCUAUCUGGUUAACUUGAUCUUGGCUAUCGUCGCGAUGUCGUACGAUGAAUUGCAAAAGAAAGCAGAAGAGGAAGAAGCAGCUGAAGAAGAAGCCAUCAGAGAAGCGGAAGAAGCGGCAGCAGCACGAGCCGCCAAACUGGAGGCCCACGCAGCGAAUCGCGAGGCCGCCGCUGCCGCUGCGGCUGCUGCUGAAGCCGGAAUAACCGAGGAUCCGAAUCUCAUAAAGUCACCGUCCGACUUCAGCUGCCACAGCUACGAGCUCUUCGUUGGCCAAGAGAAGGGUUGCAGUGACGACAACAAUCGAGAAAAGAUGUCACUGCGCAGCGAAGGACUCGAGUCGGUGAGCGAAUAUCAGAGACCGACCGCCGCGUCGCUGCAACAGCAAGAUCAAAUAGCUGCCAGACAGGCCGCGGCUAAAGCGCGCAGGGUCAGCGCGGCCUCGUUAUCACUGCCUGGCUCGCCUUUCAACUUACGCCGCGGAUCACGCGGUUCCCAUCAGUUCACAGUGCGGAAUGGUCGAGGCCGCUACCCUGGAGGACCUGCCUCCAAUGGUGCGGGCGUUUGCGACCGAAAGCCGUUAGUGUUAUCCACGUAUCUCGAUGCGCAAGAACAUUUACCAUAUGCAGACGAUUCCAAUGCUGUCACUCCAAUGUCGGAAGAGAAUGGUGCCAUCAUCAUGCCGGUGUACUAUCCUGGGAAUCUAGGUUCGCGACAUUCCUCAUAUACAUCGCAUCAUUCCCGCUUAUCGUACACUUCCCACGGCGAUUUGCUGGGUGGUGCUACCAAGGAAUCCAGAUUAAGGAGUCGAAGUCAACGAAACACGCAGCAGCAACUAGCUCAACUGGCGCAGCAACAGCAACAGACGCCGAUCACCCAGCAACCGACAUAUACUGAUACAAAUCACAAGAUGCCUGGCCGAGAACCACACCAUGGUUCGAUGGAAUAUACUGAUGAGAUGGGAAAAAUAAAACAAAUCGACAAUCCUUUUAUUGAACCUGCUCAGCAGCAAACAGUUGUAGAUAUGAAAGAUGUCAUGGUGCUAAACGAUAUAAUCGAACAAGCAGCUGGUCGACAAAGCAGAGUCAGUGAUCAUGGAGUGUCCGUCUACUAUUUUCCAACAGAGGAGGACGAAGAUGGUCCUACUAUGAAAGAAAAAGCUUUAGAGGUUCUUAUGAAAGGUAUAGAUUUGUUCUGCGUUUGGGACUGCUGUUGGGUCUGGCUGAAAUUCCAGGAAUGGGUCGCACUGUUGGUUUUCGACCCGUUUGUGGAAUUGUUCAUCACACUCUGCAUUGUCGUCAACACGUUGUUCAUGGCACUGGAUCAUCACGAUAUGAAUAAGGACAUGGAGAAAGCGCUCAAGAGUGGCAACUAUUUCUUCACUGCGACGUUUGCGAUAGAAGCCACUCUUAAACUGAUCGCCAUGUCUCCAAAGUUUUACUUUCAAGAAGGCUGGAAUAUUUUCGAUUUCAUUAUUGUAGCUCUUUCUCUUCUGGAACUUGGAUUAGAAGGUGUACAAGGCUUGUCAGUGUUGAGAUCAUUCCGAUUGCUCCGAGUAUUCAAAUUAGCUAAAUCUUGGCCAACGCUGAAUUUGCUUAUAUCCAUUAUGGGUCGAACGAUGGGUGCCUUGGGUAAUCUAACGUUUGUGUUGUGUAUUAUCAUCUUCAUAUUCGCCGUAAUGGGUAUGCAGUUGUUUGGAAAAAAUUAUUAUGAUAAAGUCGAUCGUUUUCCCGAUGGAGAGCUACCUAGAUGGAACUUUACAGAUUUCAUGCACUCAUUUAUGAUUGUGUUUCGUGUGCUUUGUGGAGAGUGGAUAGAGUCUAUGUGGGAUUGCAUGCUUGUAGGUGAUGUCAGCUGUAUUCCUUUCUUCUUGGCUACUGUUGUCAUUGGUAAUUUUGUGGUAUUGAAUCUCUUCUUGGCCUUGCUCUUGUCGAACUUCGGUUCUUCGAGCUUAUCAGCCCCAACAGCGGACAACGACACAAACAAGAUUGCCGAGGCAUUCAACAGAAUAUCUCGUUUCAUCAAUUGGGUCAAAAGAAAUAUAGCUGAUGCAGCUAAAUUGGUUAAGAACAAACUGACGAAUCAGAUAUCCGAUCGCCACGGUGCAGGUGAGGGCCCGUCCACCAGUUGGAAAGAAGAUCAUGCCGGGGAAACAGAAAUUGAAUUAGGAACAGACGAAAUCUUGGCCGAUGGUAUACUCAGAAAGUCUUCCAAAGAUUUGAACCAAUUAGAAGUAGCGAUAGGUGAGGGAAUGGAAUUUACGAUACAUGGAGAUUUAAAAAAUAAACUGAAAAAAGGAAAAAUGUUAAUGAAUAACACCAAAACCAUUGGCAACUCCAUAAGUGGGAAUCACCAGGAUAAUAGAUUAGAAAAUGAUAUACUUAAUAAUCACGGAUUACAGGUAAGAAAACAGACUAAUAAAUAUUUCUUUAUAAUAUUAUGCACAUUUGAUGAUAAAAUCAAUUUGUUGCAGGAUGAUGUGCUUAGUGUGAAAUCUUACGGAAGUCAUCUGAAUAGACCAUUCAAAGAUGAAAGUCAUAAAGGCAGUGCCGAAACGAUGGAAGGAGAAGAAAAACGAGAUAUUAGUAAAGAAGAUCUUGGAUUAGAUGAUGAAUCAGGCGAAGAAGGUGACGAACCAGAAGAACCUGGUUUACAUCCUGCCGCAAUUGUUGUAGAUCCAGAUGCAGCAGGAAUGGACGAGUAUCCGUCCGACUGUUUCCCACCACCAUGUUAUAAGAAGUUUCCAUUUCUUGCUGGGGAUGACGAUGCGCCUUUCUGGCAAGGCUGGGCAAAUCUUAGAUUGAAAACGUUUCAGCUGAUCGAGAACAAGUACUUUGAGACGGCGGUUAUCACCAUGAUUCUACUCAGUAGUUUGGCUCUGGCUUUGGAGGAUGUUCAUCUCCAACAUCGGCCGAUCUUGCAGGACAUAUUGUACUACAUGGAUCGAAUAUUCACAGUGAUAUUUUUCAUAGAGAUGCUGAUCAAGUGGUUGGCGCUUGGCUUCAAAAUGUAUUUCACGAACGCCUGGUGCUGGCUGGAUUUCGUUAUAGUAAUGGUCUCGCUCAUAAACUUCGUAGCCUCUCUGGCCGGUGCAGGAGGUAUCCAAGCCUUCAAAACCAUGCGAACUUUAAGGGCGCUCCGUCCGCUCAGAGCCAUGAGCCGUAUGCAGGGCAUGAGGGUCGUAGUGAACGCUCUCGUUCAGGCUAUACCGUCCAUCUUCAAUGUAUUACUUGUGUGUCUCAUUUUCUGGCUGAUAUUCGCUAUCAUGGGCGUUCAGUUAUUCGCUGGGAAAUACUUCAAGUGCGUGGAUGCAAACAAGACGACACUGAGUCAUGAAAUUAUACCAGAUCGAAAUGCUUGCAUAGCUGAAAACUACACUUGGGAUAAUUCGCCAAUGAACUUCGAUCACGUCGGAAAAGCUUAUUUGUGCCUAUUUCAAGUGGCCACCUUCAAAGGAUGGAUGGCCAUUAUGAACGAUGCGAUUGAUUCGAGAGAGGUCGAUAAGCAGCCUAUAAGAGAGACGAACAUUUAUAUGUAUUUAUAUUUCGUCUUCUUUAUCAUAUUCGGUUCGUUCUUCACUUUAAAUCUGUUUAUCGGAGUCAUCAUCGACAACUUCAAUGAACAGAAGAAGAAAGCUGGUGGUUCCUUGGAAAUGUUCAUGACAGAAGAUCAGAAAAAGUAUUAUAAUGCCAUGAAGAAAAUGGGUUCAAAGAAACCAUUGAAAGCAAUUCCUAGGCCCAGGUGGCGUCCUCAAGCAAUAGUAUUCGAAAUAGUAACAAAUAAAAAAUUCGACAUGAUUAUUAUGUUGUUCAUCGGUUUCAAUAUGCUCACCAUGACGAUGGAUCACUACAAGCAAAGCUCUACAUAUAGUAUGGUACUAGACAAUCUAAAUAUGAUCUUCAUUGUGAUAUUUAGUUCGGAAUGUCUUAUGAAGAUAUUCGCCCUGAGGUAUCACUACUUCGUUGAACCUUGGAAUCUCUUCGACUUUGUUGUAGUUAUCUUAUCAAUAUUAGGUCUCGUAUUGAGUGACUUGAUUGAGAAAUAUUUCGUAUCUCCCACGCUGCUUCGAGUGGUGCGUGUGGCGAAAGUUGGACGAGUACUUCGUCUCGUAAAAGGAGCCAAAGGCAUCAGGACGCUACUGUUCGCGCUUGCCAUGUCCUUGCCAGCUCUGUUUAAUAUUUGCUUGUUGCUGUUUCUUGUCAUGUUCAUAUUCGCUAUAUUCGGCAUGUCAUUUUUCAUGCACGUCAAGGACAAGAGCGGUCUUGAUGAUGUUUAUAAUUUCAAGACAUUUGGGCAGAGUAUGAUUCUUCUCUUUCAGAUGUCUACAUCUGCUGGUUGGGAUUCUGUGUUAGACGGAAUUAUUAACGAAGAAGAUUGCCGGCAACCGAACAACGAGAUCGGUUACCCUGGAAACUGCGGUUCAGCCACUAUUGGCAUUACUUAUCUACUCUCCUACCUCGUCAUCAGUUUCUUGAUUGUCAUCAACAUGUACAUCGCUGUCAUUCUCGAGAACUAUUCCCAGGCGACAGAAGAUGUGCAAGAAGGUUUGACAGAUGAUGACUAUGAUAUGUACUAUGAAAUAUGGCAGCAAUUUGAUCCGGACGGAACGCAAUAUAUCCGUUACGAUCAGCUGUCAGAUUUUCUGGACGUUCUUGAGCCACCGCUCCAGAUUCACAAACCAAAUAAAUAUAAAAUUGUCUCUAUGGACAUUCCUAUUUGCAAAGGCGAUAACAUGUUCUGCGUAGACAUUCUGGAUGCCUUAACGAAGGACUUCUUCGCCCGAAAAGGCAAUCCGAUUGAAGAGACGGGCGAUCUGGAAGGCGUGAACACACGUCCGGACGAAGUUGGCUACGAGCCCGUCAGCUCGACGCUAUGGCGGCAACGCGAGGAAUAUUGCGCUCGUCUGAUACAGAACGCGUGGCGCAAGCACAAACGACACCGCGAUGGCGACACAGAAGGCGAAGGCGGCGAUACGGCCGACGAUACGGCGGAUGAUGAAGCCAACGGCUCCGAGGCGAGACAGACUGCCGUGCUGGUGGAAAGCGAUGGCUACGUGACGAAGAACGGGCCACGCGUCGUUCUGCACUCGCGCUCUCCAAGCGCCACAUCGCGCACGGCGGACGUUUGA